AUGUCAUCCCAAACCCUCACAAAUCUCACAACAACCCUCUCCCGCCGGCCGGCCCUCACAUCCGUCACCGCCGCGCUCACCACAUCCCUCCUGAUCUGGGCCGUCCGCGACUACCGCGCCUACAUCGCCCUCGGCCCGGGCGGCGUGCCGCACAACUUCGCCGGCUGGCUCAUGGUCACCAUCGGCAUCCGCCCCUUUGCGCUCUCGAAGAGCUCCGCGACAUGGACGGGCGACUACCCCAGCGAUGGAUACCACCAAGACAUGCAGGACCUGCCCAGACGGAAGGGCGAGAGGGCGGCGUUGGGAGGUAUCGUGCCGCAUAGGCAGCUGAGCCAACAUGCGCCGGAGAACAUGAGAGAGUUCAUCCAAAAUCUCUUCACAAACGCAGCAACCCAGAACCCCGCCCUCCUCGAAACGAAAAAGUCGCUCUACGAACGCCUCAACCCGGCCCUCUUCGUCACAGCCCUGGUCCUCGCCAAAUCCGCCCCUGAAGCAGCCCGCACCGCCCGCGGAGAGAUAGGCCACCACCAUGGCGACCUGUCGAUCCACAUGUACCUCUCCCCGGCAGACGCGAAACUCGCCAUCGAAAAGGGCUGGGCGGAGCGCCACCGCCUCUCCGUCCCGCGCACCUCGUUCUUCGCGAACCGGUUCCACAUGGCGGACUCGUACAUCAUGGUGUACGGACCCCGGGACGAGGAGGAGAUGGAAGUUCUCGCGACGAUUCUGAGGAACGGGAUCCGGUUCAUGACGGGCAAGGAGGAUGUUGGGGAGAUUGAGUGGAGGCAGAUGCUUGUCUAG